AAACUGUAUUAAAAUUUGCUAAAUCACAUCUAUUAAUAAUUGAAUAAUCGAUCAUUCAAUAUUUCAAUAGUUUCCUUUAAAUCUAGUUGAUAAUAUUGAUAACGAUUGGUAACACGUCACUAGUGACGUAGUACGUAAAUGCUUGUAAAAAAACAUUUGGAUGGAAACGUUAAAAAAACGGUAAUCGUUAAUAUUUAAGGGAAAUAAAACAGUAUUGUAUUUCAAAUUAUCAAAAGAAAAAGAUACAAUGGUUUUAUAUGUACGACAUUUUCUAUCAUUAGUUUUACAAUCGACAAAAUUUAUAACAAUUCGACAUAUGAGUACUGUAUGUAUGACUGAUACAGUAAAAUCAUUACUCUAUAAAGAAUAUGGUGAACCAGUGAAUGUAUUACAAAUCACAAAAGAAACAAUAAAUAAACCAGAUAAAUAUCAGGUUGCAGUGAAGUGGCUAUUAGCACCUGUAAAUCCAGCUGAUAUAAAUACAAUUCAAGGUAAAUAUCCAAGUAAACCUUCAUUGCCAGCCAUUCCAGGAAAUGAAGGUAUUGGAGAAAUAGUAGAUGUUGGUGCUGAAGUAACAAAUUUAUGCAUUGGGGAUAGAGUUAUUCCCAAUUCUUCUAAUUUGGGAACAUGGAGAACACAUGCAAUUUAUAAAUCAGAAGAUUUGUUAAAGAUUCCAAAAGAAGUUGGAAUUGUAGAAGCUAGUAUGAUGAAUGUUAAUCCAUGUACUGCAUAUAGAAUGCUUAAAGAUUUUGUAUGUUUAAAACCUGGAGAUACUGUUAUACAAAAUGGAGCUAAUUCAGCAGUAGGACAAUUAAUUAUACAAUUGUGUAAAAUAUGGAAUUAUCGAACUGUUAAUGUUAUCAGAGAUAGACCAAAUUUACAAGAAUUAAAGAAUUUAUUAAUGUGUAUGGGAGCUGAUGAAGUAUUAACUGAAAAUGAAAUUCGAACGACUCAAAUUUUUAAAAAUAAAAAAUUACCACAGCCAAAAUUAGCACUUAAUUGUGUUUGUGGUCAAAGUGCUACAGAAAUUAUGAGACAUCUUGCACAUGGAGGUACAAUGGUUACAUAUGGUGGUAUGUCUAGGGAACCUGUGACUGUUCCAGCUUCAAUUUUUAUUUUUAAAAAUAUAAGUCUACAAGGAUUUUGGAUGACCGCAUGGACUAAGGCAAAUAUGGAAUCAAAAAAACGACAAGAUAUGUAUGAUGAAUUAAUACUUUUCUUUAAGGAUAAAAAAUUACAAGCUCCACCACACAAACUUGUAUCUUUCUCUCAAUAUCAAGAAGCUAUUACAAAUGCACUCAAUAUCGGUGGCAAAACUGGAGUAAAAUACAUUUUGGAUAUGACUAAAAAUUAGUUAUAAUGAUUUAUAGAGAAUUAUUUGUGCAUUUAACAUACUUUCAUUGAUACGAAUAUAUCAUUGAUACGAAUGUAUAUUGUAUGGAGAUAAAAAUAUUACAUCAUUGAAUGAGGUGCAAAUUAUAUUGUAUACAUAUCUAUCUAUUAAGUGCACUGAAAAGAAAUAUGAAGCAAUUAUUUUUUCAGAUAGUA